AUGAAAUCCGCUAUUGCCGUCGCGGCGAUCUUCGCCACAUCUGCCCACGCGAUAGCGACCAGCGGCAAAUUCACUGCCCUGAGCUUCAAUGUGGCUGGUCUUCCGCAGAUUCUUCAAGGAAAUGAGGUGAAUGGAUCCAAGACCGAUAACUCCGGCUUGAUUGGCACCUACUUUGCCAAGUAUGGUUACGAUCUGAUCCAUCUGCAAGAGGACUUCAACUACCACGCAUACAUCUAUGCGACCGAUAACCACCAGUACCGAACGCCUACCUCGGGAGGUGCCGCCAUCGGCAGUGGGCUGAAUUCGUUGUCCAACUACAACUGGGUGGACUUUGUCCGGUCCAAGUGGAACACCUGUUCAGACGCGUCGGGCAGUGACUGCCUGACUCCCAAGGGAUUCACAUUCAUGCGAUGGAACCCGUCCGAGGGUGUCUUUAUCGACGUGUACAAUGUCCAUGCCGAUGCUGGCACCGAGGCCGACGAUGAAAAGGCCCGCAACAGCAACUUGCAACAGGUCGCAGACUACAUCGACACCUGGUCCGUCGGCAAUGCGGUGCUGGUGAUGGGCGAUACCAACAGCCGGUACACCCGCCAGGACGACACCGGCAUUCGCGUCUUCAAGUCCCAGAACGGACUCAAGGAUGCCUGGGUUGUCAAUGAGAAGGGUGGUGUCUACCCCACCGCUGGCGCCGAUGCCCUUCUGUGCGACAACCCAUCCGCCAGCUUGACGUGUGAAACCGUCGACAAGGUCCUCUAUCGUGGCUCGAACCUCGUGUCCCUCUCCGCCGAUAGCUUCCUGUACGCGGGCAAGCAGUUCCUCAACACCAACCCUCAGUAUCUGGGUCAAAUCCUGUCGGACCACAACCCGGUCCUGGUCGGCUUCUCCUGGUCCACGUCGAGCGCUCUCCGCCAGAGUCAGUUCUCAGGCGGUCCCCACGGGGACUGGUUCAACGAUGCGCCCAAGCUGCCCGCUUCUCCCGUCGCAUCGGUCCUGACGUUCCGUGGUUCCAAACGCUUGGACGGUGUUUCUAUCAAGUUGACCGAUGGGACCACCUUCACCCACGGCGGUACCGGCGGCACUGCCAACAGCCUCACGCUCGCCGCGGGAGAGCGCUGGAUCAGUACCGAGCUUUGCACCGGCCAGUACAACGGCUGGACUCGCAACUUUUACAUCAAGGCGACCACCAGUAAGGGACGGACCCUGGAGGCAGGCACUGCCACUGGCGAUUGCUCCACUUUUGUAGCUGACUCUGGAUACGGGGUUGUUGGCUUUAUGGGACAGGAUGGGGAUGAGAUUGACCAGUUGGCGCUCAUCUAUGCUCGGUAUGCGUGA